GUGAAUGUGAUGCUCCACCUCCACUACCACUCUAUCGCCCAUAUCGUCCGUGGUCCGUCUCGCGCCGAGCAUUCGCAUUGGCAACCAAACCAAGCUGCUUGCAUUGUUGCCCGUCCCUUCGUUGUUCAGAGAUCGAACAUCCAAGUCGUUAGGAAAUGGAGGCGGCGGCGGCGGGGAGCGGCGGGAGUGGUGCGGCGACCAAGCUGCAGAAGGUGUACCGCAGCUACCGGACCAGGCGGAGGCUCGCCGACUCCGCCGUCGUCGUCGAGGAGCUCUGGUGGCAAGCACUGGACUUCGCAAGACUUAACUACAACACUAUCUCCUUCUUUGACGAACCCAAGCCUAAGGCUGCUGCCUCACAUUGGAAUCGUAUUGGCCAAAAUGCGUUGAAGGUGGGUCACGGUCUCUCCAGGGAGCCCAAGGCUCUCAAGUUGGCUUUUGAGCACUGGAUCGAGGCUAUUGACUCGCGACAUCGCUCCGGGCACAACCUGCAUUUCUACUAUAAUUUAUGGUGCCAAAGCCAAGCUGGUCAGCCCUUCUUCUAUUGGCUUGACGUCGGGGAUGGAAAAGAAGUGGACCUUCCCGAGUGUCCAAGAACUUUGCUGAAGAAGCAAUGCAUAAGAUAUCUUGGUCCUAAAGAACGUGAGCUCUAUGAAUACAUUAUUAACGAGGGAAAGGUUAUCCAUAAGCAAUCUGGAGAACCACUUGAUACAAGCAAGGGUCCUAAAGAUGCUUAUUGGAUUUUUGUCAUGAGCACAGCAAGAAGACUUUAUGCUGGCAAGAAGGAGAAAGGUGUAUUUCAACACUCCAGCUUUCUGUCAGGAGGUGCAACCAUAGCGGCUGGGAAGUUUACUGUAAAAGCUGGAGUAAUCAAGUCUAUCUGGGCAUAUAGUGGUCACUACAAACCAAGCACAGAGGAUCUCAAUAAUUUCAUGAAAUUUCUAGAAGAAAAUGGAGUUAAUCUCAAAGAAAUUGAGAUGCGACCAUUCAAGAAAGGAGACUACCAUAAUGAUUCAAUGCCUAAUGAAACACAAAACAUCAUUGUUGGUACCAAUCCUCCACAAUUGAUUCUCUCUUCAGACACAAAGGAAGGCGAUGAAGGAAAGGAUGCUCCAAUAGAACGAGCAAAGGUAACAUAUCAUAGAACCUUAUCAGGUGGUCUGCACAACCCCAAAGGCACUGAUGUCCCCCAGAAGGCAAUUCUUGAGAGGAUUAAAUCCAAGAGUGAGACUGAAUCUUAUCAGCUUGGCCUCAAGUUAUCCCUCAAAUGGAGCACUGGAGCUGGGCCCAGAAUUGGAUGUGUGAAGGAUUAUCCAACAAAGCUUAGAAUGCAAGCUCUUGAAAUGGUACACUUGUUAACAGGGGCAUCAACGAUACCACAUUCAUCGUUGCUCGCAGAAGCUCAAGAAUGUCACGACCCAGAUAGGAGGCUAGAAGAUCUUGUGAAACGUGCACAGGCCAACUAAUGCACUUGAUAACAUGAAACCUAUGCAGUUCGGCUAUUGGAUAAUUGUAGUGGUAAUGUUGCAUUGUCAUUGUGUUGUGUACUGAAAAACUUAUGUUGUUAGCUUGUUCGGUUCUUUUCCUUUUUAGUGUGGCGAAGUCCACCAAAUAUGACAACUUAUCAAUUUAGGACCCAAUUGGAAUGCAGGGUUUCUUCAUAAUCCUGUACUUUUCUUGUG